CACUUCCAAUCACAUGUCAUAUGCUGAUUUGCAUGUGGAUACUUCAGUACUGGUAAUAGCUAUUGACAAGGCUUUGAAGAAGAAAAAUUCCACCAUUGGGUGAAAAAGCUGAAGCUCUUUAGCUCAUUAUCAAGCAACAGACCACACAUUCUUGAAAGCGCUGCUAAGAGUCAAGUCCUUCCUCUUUGUCCUGUGAUUAUUUUUCAAUGGAAAGCUACAACUUCUUUUAUGUUUACACCUUGGUGCAAGAUUACUUGAAAUACAUUUGUCAAGAGACUCAGCUUGCAGCAGCCCCAAACAGAGUUGCUGAAGUCCUACGUAAAGCUGGAUCUUCUCUUCAGAAAGAAGUUGAAGGCAACCUGAGACCGUACAUUGACUUACUGGAGGUUCACUCUGUGGAAGAAGCCAGUAGCAUUUUCAACCAAGUGAUGGAAAAUGAAUUUGCUGAUGGGAAAACUAACUGGGGGCGCAUUUUGACAAUAUUCCUGUUUGGUGGAAUCCUGACCAAGAAACUCCAAGAACCUUUGGCAAAAGAAAAUCUGGAUCAGGUUUCUCAUUUCAUCACAGACUAUAUCAUAACCACCAAAGCAAAGUGGAUCAAUGAAAAUGGAGGAUGGGACAAUGGCUUUAUGACAAAAUUUGAGGAUAAAGGCUCCUGGAUAUCCUUAUCCAGUCUGAAGACAAAGAUCGUGGCUGUUUUUUCCCUCUUCAGUCAAUAUCACUCAUAAACCCAGUCAACGCUUUCUUGAGGAUGUUACAUUGGGAUGACUUCGGGAAACAAUUCCUCUUAGUAGAAAACUGAGACUGCUUUAUUAAGCUCAAGAAGGAAGGAGGGAGGAAUACUACAUUUUGAAUUUUAUAUAUGUUAUUUAUAAUAUAGAUAUCGAUAUAUAUAUUUGCCUUCUCUGGAAAUGAUUGCAGAUGUCAGUGGGCAGUAAAGCAAGCGUUUUAGCAACUCAACACGGAAAUUGUUUCUAUUUGGCCAAGGGUGGUGCUCAAGAUUUCUGAGAGUGGUGGGGCUAGUAUAGGUGGGACUAUGACACAAGCUGCAUGGAGCCAUGUUGUGUUAGUGUGUUCCACAAAAGUAGCCAGAGAGGGGUCUUUCUUGUUUGCAAACUAGCUAGCUGUUUCAUGACAGACCCUUUGGUUACGAAAUUUAAGCCAGUCUCAGUCCCAGAAGUAGGCUGUACAAGAAAAUAAUCACGCGGGGCCUGAGUUCACCUAACAUGCUAAAUCAUGAUUUCUUUAAACACAAAAUAAGUCAUAAACCACAAUGGCUUAGCUCACAGGGCAUGAUAAAGUACAAAUAAGCGAACCAUUGUUACAACUUAGCGUGCUGCUUGGACACAGCUGUACUCAACCACAGCUCCCCCAGUCUUCACUGGGUGGACCACAGGCCUUAUACUCAUUAACUGUAGCCAGCCCUACCAUUAAACAUUGUUUGGGUCCACAUAUGCUAGA